AUGGUUUGCAAGUUGUUGGGUGAAGUGAAGUUCGACUCAUCGAAAGCAGACGGUCAGCUGAAGAAAACUGCUUCCAACGCAAAACUUCGGCGUUAUUUACCCGACUUCAAAUUCACUCCUUUCGAGCAAGCUAUCAAGGAGUCUGUCGACUGGUUCAUUAAGAACCAUGAUUCUGCUCGUCUUUAG